AUGGGAAAAGAUAUCAAUCAGUAUGCUUUAGUUCGAAAUAUCAUGAAUUUUGAUACCUUGAACAAGAACACUCGUGAUAUAAUAGCUGAAACAAGAAUCUGUGUACCAGAGCAGGACUUAUUAGCAAUUGAGCAAUUAAAUGCUGAUCAAAAAAAAGUUUUUGAUAUUAUUAUAAAUACAGUUUUUAUUGAGAAAAAAGGAGCUUUUUUCAUUGAUGGACCAGGUGGAACAGGAAAAACAUUCCUUUAUCGAGCACUACUAGCAGAAAUCAGGUCAAAAAGACACAUAGCUCUAGCUACAACAUCCUGUGGAGUUGCGGCUUCGAUUCUUCUAGGUGGAAGGACAGCUCACUCAAGAUUCAAAAUACCAAUUAGUGGAACACGAGAUAAGCAAUGCAGAAUUAGUAAACAAAGCUCAUUAGCAAAACUCCUGCAAUCUACAAUUCUGAUCAUCUGGGAUGAAGCUCCAAUGACACACAAGACUUCGAUUGAAAGUGUUGACAAAAUUCUCAGAGACAUAAUGGACUGCAACAAUUUGUUUGGAUCAAAGGUCAUUGUUUUUGGAGGUGAUUUUCGUCAAGUCUUGCUAGUUUCUAACUGUUAA